UCUCUCUCUCUCUCUCUCUCUCUCUCUCUUCACAUUUUCUCAAACUUCACCAAAAACCAAGAAGCAAAGUGUGAAGAGUUUUGACAAGACAAAGAAUAAAAACAAAAAUCCAUUCGUUUAUUGAUCAUCAAAUUUUCAACUUGGUCAGUCCAAGCAACUUUGAACAUAGGAGGUCAAUCGGUUUUCUGAAACUGGGUUCGUCUGACUUGGUUGUGUUUGUCUAACCCAAUCAUUGAAAUCUCGAGUUUCGAGUGAUUUGGUCGUUUUCGGGAGUUAAAAAAUGGCGGCGGCGUUAGCCGGAGAUGAUCUGGUCAGGCAGUCGAGUCUGGCCAGGCAGUCGAGCAGCCGGCGGAGCUGGCGGUCGACUAGUGUUCGGGAAAUGUGGAACGCACCGGACGUGUUCCAGAGGAGAGGGCGGCAGCAGGCGGAGGAUGAUGAGGAGGAGCUCAAGUGGGCGGCCAUAGAAAGGUUGCCCACAUAUGAUAGGAUGAGGAGGGGGAUGCUGAGGCAGGCCAUGAGCAAUGGGAGGUUUGUAACUGAAGAAGUCGACGUCGCGAAUCUUGGGGCACAAGACAAGAAGCAGUUGAUGGAGAGCAUACUUAAGGUUGUGGAGGAUGACAAUGAAAGGUUCUUGCAAAGGCUCAGGGCCAGAAAUGACAGGGUUGGUAUUGAGGUUCCUAAGGUUGAGGUUAGAUUCCAGAAUAUAUCAAUUGAGGGAGAUGCAUAUGUCGGUACCAGAGCACUUCCAACUCUGCUCAAUUCCACGUUGAACCAGCUUGAGGGACUAGCUGGAUUGAUUGGACUCUCACAAUCGAAGAAAAGAGUUGUCAAGAUACUCCAAGAUGUGAGCGGUGUUAUUAAACCGUCAAGGAUGACGCUGCUUCUUGGACCUCCGUCAUCAGGAAAAACAACACUGCUAAAAGCACUUGCUGGCAAACUCGAUAAGGAUCUAAGGGUAACUGGGAACGUGACCUAUUGUGGCCAUGAAUUCCAUGAAUUUGUGCCUCAGAGAACUUCUGCUUAUAUUAGCCAACAUGAUCUUCAUUAUGGUGAGAUGACAGUUCGUGAAACAUUGGAUUUCUCUGGACGUUGCCUGGGAGUUGGAACCAGGUAUGAUUUGCUGGUAGAAUUGUCUAGACGGGAGAAAGAUUCAGGUAUCAAACCGGAUCCUGAAAUUGAUGCAUUCAUGAAAGCUACAUCUAUGGUUGGCCAGGAAACUAGUUUGAUCACAGAUUACGUUCUCAAGAUACUUGGACUUGAUAUCUGUGCUGACAUUAUGGUGGGUGAUGACAUGAGGAGGGGUAUAUCCGGUGGACAGAAGAAACGUGUAACUACUGGAGAAAUGUUGGUUGGACCUGCGAAAGCAUUUUUCAUGGAUGAAAUAUCAACGGGGCUGGAUAGUUCCACAACCUUUCAGAUUGUCAAGUUCAUGAAGCAGAUGGUUCAUAUUAUGGAAGUGUCAAUGGUGAUCUCUCUCUUGCAGCCUGCACCUGAGACGUAUGAUCUGUUUGAUGACAUUAUGCUUCUUUCUGAGGGUCAGAUUGUGUACCACGGUCCACGUGAGAAUGUGCUUGAUUUCUUCAAAUAUAUAGGCUUCAAAUGCCCUGACAGAAAAGGUGUUGCAGACUUCUUGCAAGAAGUGACAUCAAAGAAAGACCAAGAGCAAUACUGGUAUAAGAACCAACCUUACAGAUAUGUUUCAGUAUCUGAUUUCGUUCAAGCUUUCCCCACUUUUCAUGUUGGCCAACGUCUUGUGGAAGACCUAAGAGUUCCUUACGAUAAAAGAUCAGUCCAUCCUGCUGCUCUAGUGACGGAUAAGUAUGGAAUAUCCAAUAUGGAGCUCUUCAAGGCAUGCUUUGCAAGGGAAUGGUUGCUGAUGAAGCGUAACUCUUUCGUGUACAUAUUCAAAACUACGCAGAUAACAAUCAUGGCUACAAUUGCUCUGACGGUAUUCUUAAGAACAGAAAUGAAAGCUGGAAAAGCAGAAGAUUCGGCAAAAUUCUGGGGAGCACUGUUUUUCAGUCUCAUUAACGUCAUGUUUAACGGAAUGGCAGAGCUUGCAAUGACAGUUUUUAGGAUUCCUGUGUUCUUUAAACAAAGGGAUGCGUUGUUUUAUCCUGGCUGGGCUUUUGGCUUGCCCAUUUCGCUAACCAGAAUCCCCAUUUCAUUGAUGGAAUCUGGGAUAUGGAUUCUUUUAACAUACUACACAAUCGGGUUUGCACCUGCGGCCAGUAGGUUCUUCAAACAGUUUUUGGCUUUCUUCGGUGUACAUCAGGUGGCACUUUCCCUUUUCCGUUUUAUUGCUGCCCUUGGAAGAACAGAGGUUGUUGCGAGCACAAUUGGUUCCUUUACAUUGCUACUGGUGUUUGUCCUUGGAGGUUUUGUUGUCGCUAAAGAUGACAUCAAGUCAUGGAUGAUAUGGGGCUACUAUAUUUCACCUAUGAUGUAUGGGCAAAAUGCAAUUGCUAUCAAUGAGUUUCUUGAUAAAAGAUGGAGUCAACCUGUCCCCGGUGCCUCUGGAGACACAGUUGGAAAGGUACUUCUGAGAGAAAGAGGACUGUUUACUACGGAGACUUGGUAUUGGACUUGUAUUGGCGCGCUCUUCGGAUUUACUGUUCUCUUCAAUCUUCUCUUUAUUGCAGCACUGACCUACUUAGAUCCUCUAAGUGAAACCAAAACUCUAAUUGAGAAUGAUGAAGACUCUGAAAGGAAUAAGAAGCGACGAUCCAAUCCAGAAGGUAUUGAUAUGCAAGUAAGAAAUUCUCAAGGAAAUAAUCAAGCCAAACGAGGAAUGAUUUUACCCUUCCAGCCCCUCUCACUCGCUUUCAACCAUGUGAAUUACUAUGUGGAUAUGCCUGCCGAAAUGAAGAGCCAAGGGAUUGAAGAGACCCGACUCCAACUUCUACGAGAUGUCAGUGGUGCAUUUAGGCCUGGUGUUUUGACUGCAUUAGUUGGUGUCAGCGGUGCUGGAAAGACAACCUUGAUGGAUGUCUUAGCUGGAAGAAAGACCGGCGGGUACAUUGAAGGAAGUAUUACCAUCUCUGGUUACCCAAAGAACCAAGCCACAUUUGCUCGAGUCAGCGGUUACUGUGAACAAAAUGAUAUUCAUUCACCAUUUGUUACUGUCUAUGAGUCUCUCCUAUACUCUGCCUGGCUGCGUCUUGCUAAAGAUGUCAAGACCGAAACACGAAAGAUGUUUGUUGAUGAGGUUAUGGAUUUGGUUGAGCUUAACCCAUUGAGAAAUGCUUUGGUUGGACUUCCGGGAGUUGAUGGACUUUCAACUGAGCAGAGAAAGAGGCUCACUAUUGCUGUAGAAUUGGUUGCCAACCCUUCCAUCAUCUUCAUGGAUGAGCCGACAUCAGGUCUUGAUGCUAGAGCAGCCGCCAUUGUAAUGCGUACUGUAAGAAACACUGUGGAUACAGGACGAACUGUUGUUUGCACAAUUCACCAGCCUAGCAUUGACAUUUUUGAAGCUUUUGAUGAGCUUUUCUUGAUGAAAAGAGGUGGGCAGGUGAUUUAUGCCGGUCCUCUAGGUCGCCAGUCUCACAAACUUGUUGAAUACUUUGAGGCUAUUCCAGGGGUUGCAAAGAUCAAAGAAGGUUACAAUCCAGCUACCUGGAUGUUGGAGGUCAGCUCGGCUGCCAUUGAGGCUCAAAAUGAUGUGGACUUCGCAGAAAUAUUUGCGAACUCUGAUCAAUAUAGGAGAAAUCAAGAACUUAUCAAGGAACUAAGCGUGCCAGAACCAGGCUCCAACGAUCUUUAUUUCCCUACCCAAUACUCCCAAAGCUUCGUAACACAAUGCAAGGCAUGCUUCUGGAAACAACAUUGGUCGUACUGGAGAAACUCACGAUACAAUGCCAUUAGGUUUUUCAUGACAAUCUGCAUUGGAGUAUUAUUUGGUGUUAUCUUCUGGGGCAAAGGAGACAAGAUACACCAACAACAAGACCUGAUCAAUCUUUUGGGAGCUACCUAUUCCGCCGUCCUUUUCCUUGGAGCUAGCAAUGCAUCUGCUGUGCAAUCCGUGGUUGCGGUUGAACGAACAGUUUUCUAUCGUGAAAGAGCAGCUGGAAUGUAUUCAGAGUUGCCUUAUGCAUUUGCUCAGGUGGCUAUUGAGACAAUUUACGUUGCAAUCCAAACCUUCGUCUAUUCCUGCCUUCUGUUUUUCAUGAUUGGGUACACUUUCAAGGUGGAGAAGUUUUUGUACUUCUACUACUUCAUCUUCAUGUGCUUUACCUACUUCUCUAUGUACGGAAUGAUGGUUGUUGCCCUGACUCCUGGCCAUCAAAUUGCUGCAAUUGUUAUGUCAUUCUUCUUGAGUUUCUGGAACUUGUUCUCGGGCUUCCUCAUUCCCAGGCCGCUAAUUCCUAUUUGGUGGAGGUGGUACUACUGGGGUUCACCCGUUGCCUGGACAAUUUACGGUAUCUUCACAUCUCAAGUAGGUGACAUGAAGACUGAGGUCAGUAGUCCAAUUCAAAAACCACAAAGAAUUGAUGUAUUCCUCAAGAGCUACUUAGGUUUUGACUACGAUUUUCUGAUCCCUGUUGUCAUCGCUCAUCUUGGUUGGGUCCUCCUCUUCUUCUUCGUCUUUGCCUACGGCAUCAAGUACCUUAACUUCCAAAGGAGAUAAGCAAUUUAACUGUACCUUCAAAAUGUCAAAUAGAUAGUUGAGUGUACAACAUUACAGCUGAAGUUAGAGAGACAAAUUUUGUCCUCUCUCUUCGUCUUGUUUUUGUUUUUGGUUUCAUACAUUUUGUUUAAUUUGUUUGGCUUUCGAUACAUUUUUCAUAUUACUUUUGUAUAGCUACAUUUUAUUCUUGACUAUAUAAUGGAAGAAGCUUUGUGAUUGUUCUUUAA